CUUGUUGCACAUAAUAUUUUGUUUCUAUUCUAAAAUUAUAUUACACAAGUGUUGGUUAAUGCAAGAAAAUAAUAAUCACACAAAUAUAUUAUUUCCGGAACGUCACUAAUUAGUUUUUCCUAUUCAUGAUGAAAUAUCUUCAAUAAAACACUGAAUUUGAGUCCAAUUAAAUUGCGUAUUUAAUUGAACUGCAACACUGAACAUUAUCUAUAAGUUUUGAGCGAAACUAAACAAAACUGUAUAGGUUAAGUUGAAUUGAAGUUUAGCUUUAGAAAUUUGUGAAGUUUGUCCAUGGGAUUUAUUGAUAAUGAAUUACAAGAAGUGUCCAGACUCUGUCAAAAUGUUGUCCAAGGAAGUAAAUUGGUUUCUUGUGUGCAAUCAAUGGUUCGAGCAGAAAUAAUAAAGACUGAUUUUAAGAAGAUCAUCGUCUGUAUUCAAUUUCCGAAAGAUUACCCGCAUACUCCGCUUCUUAUUGAAUUAAAAAGUAAAACUCUUUCAUCUAAAUUAUUAUCAGGACUCACGGAUGUCUGUGAGAAGAAAUGUAAACAAAUCUUGGGAAAGGCACAAAUUCUUCCAACUUUAAAAUUCAUCUCAAACUUUAUUGAAGAAAAUCCAUUAAUUUGUUGUUAUGAUGAAAUUACAACAAUAAAAAAACUUUUAGGAGAUCAAGACAGUUUAAAGCUGAAGCAGAAAUCUUCUUCAGUCAAUUUGGAAAUUCGUCAAGGUCUCUAUUUUUAUAAAACGAAAAUUAUUAUUCCAGAUGAUUAUCCUACAUCAGCAGUGAAGAUCACUGAGGUGGAAACAAAUUUUCCAAAAUUGUUUACUCGUUAUUUUCUUGGACAAGGUCAAGAAUUGGGACGCCAGUGUGUAGAGCCACCAUUAAAAAAGAAGCUCAAUCACAUAUUUUCUCCAACUCCUUCUUUAAAUACUGUGACAUCCUUUCUUAUCAGAAGUGUUAAAGCAUUACCAAAUGAAAAAUGUCAGCUUUGCAAAAAAGUUUGUUUUCCUGCUGAUCCGUCCUUCGCAAUUCUAGAUGAAAAUGCUGAUGUACAUGUUGAGAGACUCUAUUGUAGUCAUCUCUUUCAUCUACAGUGUCUCAUGACAUUUAUGAAAACACCUCCAUUUCAUGGUGGUAAAAAAUGUCCAUCAUGUGGAAAGCAAGUAUUCCAUGACAAAUGGGGUGUUAGCGAUAAGUUAGCAGAGGACCGAUGGGCACAUGAACAAGCGCGUGCUAGAGAACUUGCAGAAGUGGCAGAUUUUUUCGAGUAAAUCAGGACUAAUGUAAUACACAGUCCAAUAUUAUAAUCUUUUUUUAUUGGAAGUAUGAAAUACUAUAUUGUGGUGGAUAACAGGUUUGUUAAUGAUAAUUUGCAUAAGUUUAUGAAUACCAAAUAUUUCAUGAUUAAUUUACGAAAAAUUAGUCAAUUAUUUAAGUACAACUUUACAUGACAUCUAGAGAAAUAUAUUUGCCGUAUUUGUAUAAAUAAAAUGCAAACAUUUCUGGGAAAUAAUUGUGAGUUGUAUAGAGACGAUUUUUUGAUCAAUCGAUAAUAUUUUUUUUAACUGAAAAUUUAACAAAAAAACAUAUUUAAUAUAUUAUACAUUUGGAUUAAAAUAAAUUUUAUUAAUUAAGUUGAUCAAAAAUUUGUUUUUAGACCCUACAAAAAAAUUAGUUUAUAAAAACUUGGUCAAAUACUACUGAUAGUACUAGUGGUAGAACGAUAUAGUUAUAGUGGCAUAUUGAUCCUUACUACUACCUAAGGUGAUCCUCUACAUUUUUUUCUUUAAGCCGGUUUCUCU